AUGCCCUCUUUACUUUCGAAAUUCAGACACCGUAAAACAGGCUCGCAAUCCUCUACCUCCUCCCUUGAUCAACAGCCUUCUUCAUCUGGUCGACAUUCGCUCGAAACACCCUCGAGAGCGAGAGUAUCUUUAGAUCAGCCCAGUGCUAGAGUCAGAUCAUCAUUGGAUCAACCUCGUUCACCAAUUACACCUACCAAACCUCAUACUCAAUCUCAACCACAAGGAGAUUUACCUACCAGUCGAACGGAGGAAGAUGUAGUUGUCAUUGAUAAAUCACCCGGUCCUCGUAAUCCACAUUCAAAGCCAUUCGUAGAUGAGAGUGAACGACCUGAAUUACCUACCACGACAUCCAAUGUGAGUAAUCCUUUACCUCAACCUCAUCAAUCAGGCUCUACCACUUACCUACCACAGGAAGAUAUCGAUAAUAAUAAACCUCUACCUGCUGUUCCUGAAGUAAGAUCACCACCUAUUCAAUCUAACGAUAAAAACCUGAAAGAUUUCCCUUUACCACCUUCAAAAUCCACUUCUUCCUCAAUCGAACCCGAGCAUGUUGGAGAUAGAGUAAAAUUCCCUCCUUUACCACAUGUCGAUUCCAUCGAUCGACAACCUCUCCAUCAAGUGAAAGAAGAACGACCUGGAUUAGUUGGAUCGUCAAGUAGACCACCUAAGAGCGGUGAAAUAGAUGUGGUCAAAGGGAAUUAUCCACAUGUAUCGAGUUUACCUCAUUCUGAUAAACGAGAGGAUCUGAACGAGUUGUUGAAUGGGCAAAAAGAGCAGGUGGAAAUACCAAGUAGAACAUCAAGCUUGCAUCAUUCCACUUUAGAACAAUCUGGCCGUGGAGGUGGUGAUCAAUCAGAGAUGGAGCUGCAGGAACAUCGAAGAGAUGGUAAAUACACUCAACCUUCAUCUGCUGUCGAUUCAAUUUCCAAUCAUCCCGAUGGAAUCAUCAAUGAACGAUUCAAUAAUCUCUCAAUCGCCGAUGGCGGUGAGCUAGACCUGAAUGAACAGAGGAAUGACAUGAUAAGUAGAUUGAAUGAUCAGAUUGAAAGUAAGAAGGAUUUGACUGAAGAAGGUAUAGAGGUGUUUAGGAAAAUUGGCAUGGAGGGUCUGUUAGACAAGGAGAAUAGUAUUGAUAUUAGGUCGAGGGAGUUGAAACCUGUCGUUAAGGAAACCAUAUUUCCACUCGAACAUACGGAAUACACGACGAUACUUACUAGAUGUAUUCACAAGACUCAUUAUGUACCACUCAUUCAACCGAUUCAUGAUCCCGAUCCAAUCGUCCUAGCCACCCGUCAUAGGAUAUAUAACCCCACCACCAAGAAAUGGCACGAGGUCAUUGGGGAUGCAGCAGCAAUAUCUAUACUAGGCGAAGACGUUUUCCGCAAUGGGCCAAAGGAAAAUCGCGAAUUGCGUAAACCCGCUUUACCAGGAUUGGAAGAAAUGGACGAAGAUGCUAUACGUAUGGCCAAGGAGGCAGGGUUGGUAUCUGGUGGAGGACUGAGUACUGUGGAAGGAGUAAAAUAUUAUGAGUAUGGUUCAAGGGCUCAAGAUAGUAUACCUAUCAAGGGUGAGCAUGAGGACGUAUCGAUAGAUGGAAUUGGACAAGGUGAAGGUAAAGGUAGAGUGCUAGAAAGGGAAUAUGUACUUGGAACGGAAGAUGAAGAAGAAAAAGGAGAUUGGAAGGAAAUCGCAAGUUAUGUUGGAAUUGGUAAAGGUAAAGGUGGAUUAACGAAACAUCACGAUGAAGACAAGGAUCAGGAUCAGGUUGGUGUAGCAUUAUGA